ACCGAAUUAAACCCUGAAAUCAAAGAUUGGCUUGCUUUUUCUGUUGAAAAAAUCAAAGAAAUUGUUCUUCUUACCAAGGCCGCUAAUAAUGGAAUUGAUAGCAUCAAAGAUGAAUUAGAGGCUAAUCAACGUUCUGUUCAAACCCGUCGCACGUCACCAAAAAUUCAUAAUCCUGCUGUUCAAGAAAGAAUAAAAAGUAUAAACCAUGAUAUGAUACACCGCAGAUCAACUUUCAAUAAACGUUGGGAGAAACAACAAGAAUCCUUCAAAUUACCCCAUUUUCCCACUACCACAAUUGGCAGUUUUCCUCAAACUGGGGAAGUUCGUAAAGCGCGUGCGGCAUUUAAACGUGGUGAUAUUUCAAAAGAGGAAUACAACGAAUUCAUUAAUGAAGAAAUAAAAAAAUGUAUUCAGCUUCAAGAGAAAAACGACAUUGAUGUUCUUGUCCAUGGAGAAUUUGAACGUACAGACAUGGUGGAAUUUUUCGGUGAACAUUUGGAGGGAUAUACGUUUACGAAGAAUGGUUGGGUCCAAAGUUAUGGUUCUCGCUGUGUUAAACCACCAAUUAUUUACGGUGAUGUUUAUCGUCCAAAACCUAUUACCGUUGAAGUUGCUAAAUAUGCACAAUCUUUGACCAAGAAACCAUUGAAGGGAAUGUUAACCGGACCUGUUACCAUGUUACAAUGGUCAUUCGUACGCGAUGAUCAACAUCGCAAACUGACUACACAGCAACUUGCUUUGGCAAUCCGGGAUGAAGUCACUGACUUGGAAGCUGCAGGAAUCAACAUUAUUCAAAUCGACGAACCGGCUUUACGUGAAGGUUUACCUUUACGUCAUAGUAAAUGGAAAGAAUACUUGGAUUGGUCUGUUGAUUGCUUUCUUCUUGCCAGCUGUUCAGUAGCUGAUACCACGCAAAUUCAUACUCAUAUGUGUUAUUCGGACUUUUAUGAUAUAAUUGAUGCAAUUUCUCGUAUGGAUGCUGAUGUGAUCACAAUUGAGAACUCUCGUUCUGAUCUAAAAUUUCUUGGUGCUGAAUCAUUCACUUACCCGAACGAAAUCGGGCCAGGAAUUUAUGAUAUACACUCUCCACGUAUUCCAAGUCAAGAAGAAAUGGAACAUCGUUUGAAUGAAAUGUUAAAACGGUUGAAACGCAAUAGCAUUUGGGUUAAUCCCGAUUGUGGUUUAAAAACUAGGAAAUGGAAUGAAGUUGAUAUGGCUUUAAAAAAUAUGACCGACGUCGCGAAAAAGUUCAG